AUGGCCACUCAAGGGCCCAGCAACCUCUCUUCUCAGUCUCAGAGCCAACCCCAAAGCUCCCAUCCUUCGAGCGGCAGCCAGCCAUCUCGACAUGGGCACUCCCGUCAAUCGAACACGGCUUGCAAAUCCGCCCGCCCCCCAUCCACCAAAGAGCCACGCAUUUUCUCCCAUCUAUCCUCCCCCGCCAUCCCCGACAGCAUGUGGUUUGGGUCCGAUUUCAUGCUCGGAGCGGGCAUGGUGAUUAUCCAGCCGUCAAGUGGGAAGUUGGUCCUCCUGUACGAACGCCAGAAACAGUACUGGUUCCUCCCAAAGGGGCGGAAGGACGUCGGGGAGAGCUUGGAGCAGACCGCACUGCGCGAGGCGUACGAGGAGUCGGGGUUCCGUGCAGACUUCCUCCCGGUUGUCCUGGCGCACAACGCCCCUCUUCCCCCGGGAUCCCAGUCAAAGCUUGACGAUCCGUGCACGGAGCCGUUCUAUGUUUCAACCAUGGCGUUUGGCCCGUCUCGCCGCCAGGCGCAGCGGUCCCCUCGGGAGGAUGGCGGUGGCGAAUACCUAACAUUCUGGUACAUAGGGCAGAUCCCUGCCGAUGCGGUGUGCGAGGCGAAUACGGGUAUGCCGGACGAACAACACUACGAGUCACAUCUCCUGGACUACGAGGAGGCGUGCUCGCGGUUGUAUGCAUCGGGGAUGCAUAAAUGGGUUAUAGUUCUUCAAGUGGCCUAUAAGCUGUGGGAGGAGACGCAGGAGAUGUCUCAGAAACCCACAUCAGUGCAUCCCUCAGGGCCUCGGUCGUCGAAGGCAUCAUCAAUGAGCGAUUCUUCAGUCCUGAAGAAGUGA